CUUUCCAGCACAGGGGAUGUGCCUGUCCUAGGGAAGCUAUGACCCCAACACCACACACGGAGAAAAUGUCAGCAGCAAUUUCCUUCCUAGAUCCUCUCUGCUUUAGUGGUGUAGCAAAAGGCAUGGGGGUACUCAUAGGCCUCACUAUGCCCCCCAAGAGAAGGCAGAAACUGCAGCAAGAGCAGAAGGGGCAACCAGCUGUAGCUGCACCCCUGGAGGCAGUUUCUAAGGGGGCUGGAGCUAGCAGAGAAGAGGUGCUGCUACAGCAGGAGUACAGCUGUCUUUGCAAGGAGCUGGAGGACAUGAAGGGGGCAUGUGUUCAGCUUCGGGAGGAGAACGAGUUCCUGCAGCAAGAGGCCCAACGUCUCCGUGCUGAGAGCCAGGAAUUCAUGUGCUAUGUGGCCAAGCGGGCCCAGCGGCGCCAGGAUGCCAUCAUCUCCCUGAAUGAUCAGAACAAGCAGGCCAUAGAGGAGAUACGCAGGGAGCAGCAGGAACUGCUCACCCUCUACCAGAGGAAGGAGGCAGCUCUGCAGGAACAACUGUUGCACAAAGAGGGUGAACUUCUCCACCUUAGCAAGGAGGUUGAAGGCCUGCAGCAGAUCCAGGCACUGCAGCAGGAGCAGGCUGCCCAUAUCAGGGAGCUGCAGGGAGAGCUGGUGGCCACCAGGCAGCAGCACACUCAGCGCCUGCAGGAGACCAAAUGCCAUUUCCUGCAGGAGAAGGCAGCCUUUGAGCAGAAGUCCCAGCAGCAGGUGCUCUGCCUGCUGCGACAGGCACAGGAAGUGGUUGCACGGUGCAUGCAGGAGCAUAGCAACCAGGUGAAAUGCGAGAACCUGGAGCUUCAGCAGGAGCUGCACCAGCUCAUCCAGCGAUCACGCACACUGCAUUUACACAAGCGCCGGUUAGAGGAGCAGGCACAGCAGCUGCUGCGAGAGCGUUGCUACAUGCAAGACAUGGCUCGCCUGUACCACACCCACCAGGGCAAGAAGUAGGCUCAGCUGUGACCCCAGGAAUGAGCUAACAGAGAGGUGGCCACUGCUCACUGCCAUAAUAACCUGCUUUUGGUAUUAGAAUUAUUUAGGACCACAUUCUUCAUUAAGAGCUUUGUUAAUAAUCUGAAAGGGAAAAUAAAAUUCCCAGAGAUACUGAACUGGGAGGA